UAGAAAUUCCCUAAUAGAUCUAUGAGCGUACUAUCGUGAAUACUGAAAAAAAUUGAGCAAUCAAGUCAAUGAAUUUUUAAAUACCAACUUAUUUAUAAUUCAUUUCAUUAAUAUGGCAGUUUCUGCUACAUUACAGAAAGCAAUUGAUUUGGUUACUAAAGCCACUGAAGAAGAUCGUAAUAAAAAUUAUGAAGAAGCUCUAAAGUUGUAUGAAAGUGGCAUUGAAUAUUUUUUGCAUGCUCUUAAAUAUGAAACUCAAGGGGAAAAAGCUAAAGAUAGCAUACGAAGUCGUUGCACACAAUAUUUAGAAAGAGCUGAAAAACUUAAAGAAUAUUUGAAAAAUGGAAAAAAUAAAAAGAAACCAGUUAAAGCUGGAGAAUCUAAUUCUAAAAAUGAUGAUAAAAAAAAUGAUAGUGAUGAUGAUGGUGAUGACCCUGAAGCAAAAAAAUUACAAAAUAAAUUAGAAGGUGCUAUUGUUGUAGAAAAACCUUGUGUAAAAUGGUCAGAUAUUGCUGGCUUAGAAGGAGCUAAAGAGGCCCUUAAAGAAGCUGUUAUUCUUCCAAUAAAAUUUCCUCAUCUAUUCACUGGUAAAAGAAUACCUUGGAAGGGAAUAUUAUUAUUUGGGCCACCUGGAACUGGUAAAUCAUAUUUGGCCAAAGCGGUUGCAACAGAAGCUAAUAACUCCACAUUUUUUUCCGUCUCAUCUUCCGAUCUUGUGUCAAAAUGGUUGGGUGAGUCUGAAAAGCUUGUCAAAAAUUUAUUUGAAUUAGCUAGACAACAUAAACCUAGCAUUAUAUUCAUUGAUGAAGUGGAUUCACUAUGUUCUUCGCGUUCAGAUAAUGAGUCUGAAUCAGCUCGACGAAUAAAGACUGAGUUUUUAGUGCAAAUGCAAGGUGUUGGUACUGAUAACGAAGGCAUUCUUGUGCUGGGAGCUACAAACAUUCCUUGGGUUCUUGAUGCUGCUAUACGACGACGUUUUGAAAAGAGAAUUUACAUACCUUUACCUGAAGAACAUGCCAGGCUAAUAAUGUUAAAACAAAACUUGGGAAACACUUACCAUGUACUGACCGAAGUUGAUCUUAAAACUUUGGCAGCUAAAACUGAAGGAUAUUCAGGAGCAGAUAUUAGUAUAGUUGUAAGAGAUGCAUUAAUGCAACCAGUACGAAAAGUACAAACAGCUACACAUUUUAAACGAAUAUCAGGCCCUAGUCGAUCAGAUCCAAAUGUUAUUGUAAAUGACUUGCUUACACCAUGUUCACCAGGUAGCCCUGGUGCUGCUGAAAUGUCAUUUAUGGAUGUUCCCAGUGAUAAACUACUUGAGCCACCAGUAUCAAUGAGUGAUAUGUUACGAUCUCUGGCUACAUCUAAACCUACAGUGAAUGAUGAUGAUAUGAAAAGAUUAGAUAAAUUUACAAUGGAUUUCGGCCAAGAAGGGUGAGUCUACAUUAAAUAUUCAAAUAGAUGAAAAGAAAAUGGUUAAAAAUUGUAACCAAUUUUCCAAAUAGAUCAAGACAUUAUUUAUUAUUUUUUUUUUUUUUUUUAGUUAUAAGAUUAUAUUGUCCAACUUUGUAUUUAAUUA